CAGAGGCGUCGUUGCUGGUAUGACGAUCGGUGCGCUUUCGACAAGCCUUGCGAUUUCGAGUCGACCGCUUAGCGAAGUUGAUGAAUACUACUUUGGUAGAAAGUGGGAUUAAACAUGGUUUUAAAUACAAUCGUGUAUUUGUUGUUAUAGUGUCGUUGGGUUAAUUUAUGCGCUAAAAAAACACUGGCUUUGCUUCCAGCUCGUUAUUUCUUUACUUCGCGCACUUAACGCUACUUGUCACAAUGCUAACUAGCUAGCUAAUGCUACGUUAGCACAACUGAACACAGAAUUUUAAUGGUGCGUUGUGGUGAAACUUCUUUCUUUCAUCUUCACGCCAAAAGGCUCCUAACAAGAGCAGAAAUCGCCAACGUUUUGGAUGGCGGUAGCUCCCGCUUUUAUGGCGGAUAAGAUCAUUGUCCUGGAUGAUGAUGACGACGAUGAAGAGGAGAGUCCUCGGCCCACCUGCUCGUCCUCCGUCUCGUCCUCUCAAAAACAUGCCAAAGAGGCCUUUCCUCCCAGAGCCCAGCAGCCUGCCGCUACACACAUCACCCAGUCGCCUUUUGCCUCCGCGAAGAAGGACAAGCACGUUCUGCAGGCUGAGAAUCAGAGGUUGUUCACCGAGUUUGUGGAGCACUGCUCCAGUCUCACCCAGAGCUGCCCCGAAGUCUUGACCUUCCUCCAGACCAAGCAUGCCAAGGCCUCCCCAGAGUACCUGUCAUCCGUGGAGUUCAGGAACACCUUGGGCCGAUGUUUGACUCGCACUCAGGCCAACCGGUCCAAAGCCUUUGUGUACAUCAAUGAACUGUGCACUGCACUCAGGCAGCACGCUGUGAAGAGGAGGCAGACCCUCACUAAGGUCCAAGCCGGCCCUUCUACCUCAUCAAGUACUCUACAGUUUACCUCCGAUUUGCCCAAAAGGAAAGACGGGACUAAAGAGGAGGAAGCGGCGAACCCGGCAGCGGAGGAUAAGCAACCUUCCACCUCUGGGCUGCAGGAGGGCGACAAUAGGGAGGACCAGGAAGCCCAGAAAAGGGCCAAGAGGGCAUCCAGGAAACAGAUAGCGUACCUGGAGAACCUGCUGAAGGUGUACAACGACGAGAUCUACCGCCUGCAGCACGCCGAGCUGAAUUUAGACGACUUGGGAGCGGAGGACUCUUUAUACAUCCAAGAACACAAGCUGAAACGCAAGAUGAUAAAGAUUUACGAAAAGCUGUGUGAGCUAAAGAGCUGCAGCACCCUGACGGGCCGAGUCAUUGAGCAGAGGAUCCGCUACAAUAGCACUCGUUACCCUGAGAUCAACAAGAAGAUCGAGCGUUUCAUCAACAGCCCCGAGGCGCAGCAGAACCCUCCGGAUUACCAAGACAUCCUCCAGCAGGUGCUGCGCGCCAACGAGCGCCACAACCUGUGCCUGAGCCGCAAGCAGCUGAACCAGAUGGCCCAGGAGGCCUUCAGAGAGACGGGGGGCAGCAUGCAAGAGAGACGCCACCUGGACCUGGUGUACAACUUCGGCUCGCGCCUCACUGACGCCUACAAGCCUGCCGCUGACCCGGCUCUGUCGGACCCCUCGCUGCUGCGGAAGCUUCGGUCUAACAGGGAAGUGGCUCUGUCCCGUCUGGAGGGGGUCAUCACCAGGUUUGCCAUCAAACAGGAGGACACAGAGGAGCAGGACCGGGCCAGACGGCUGGAGAAAGACCGCAAGGAGAAAGAGGCUCCCAAAUCUGAAAACGGACAAGAAAAUAAAGAGGUGAAUGGACUGGAGGAGGAAGAGGAGGAUGACGACGAUGAAGAUGAUGAAUCAUCAGACCCCGACAUUGAGGAAGAGAUGCAGGCCAGCACCCAGCAGGAUGGACCAGACGGUGACGAGAACGAUGACGACUGCAACGAGGCGGAAUGUGAAGGUACCGACAGGGAGGGGCAGACGGAUCAGCUGGCAGGAAGUGUUUCUGCAGGGGAGGAAGAAAGCGUGAAAGAUGAGGACGAGGAGCCAGCCAGUGGACUCAGCCCUCUUUCUGAUGAGAGCAAGUCCCAAAUCUCUCCGCUGUGCGCCGCCCCCUCCCCGAAACAGAGCCCCAGCCAAUCAGAGCCCAUGCAGACUGAUGACCAGAGGCUCUUGUCCAAUGGUAACCGUGCAGUAUUAGAAGAGCCCGUGGAUUCCUCCAAUCACGUUUCAGUGGUGCUGGUGAGCACAAGCAGAGGAGCUAAAGACCCAGUGGACGUUUCUCUGGCAAAGGCCAACGGGGGGGGGUCCCUGCCGCUGUCGCCGGUGGUCGUCGUCGAAAGUUGUGACACGCAGACCACGAAUGGCACGUCGCCGCCGCUCAGCCGCAGAGCCACGAGAAGCCAGAAGAGGAAGAGGGAGGACGCGACGCCCGAGAACUCGAGGAAUAAUAAGCACAUACUCAUCCGUGACAGUGAGGUCGACGUCCCGCUGGAUACGGACGUUUUUACCUGCAUAUCUCCACAGCAGGCGGAGUCGACCCGAGCAGACACUCCAACCAAUGAAAUGGUCAGCAGCUCUCAGUCGACUCCGCCCCCCAAGAAAAACAAGGUUAACGUGGCCACGCAGUGUGACCCAGAUGAGGUCAUCGUCCUGUCAGACUCCGAGUGACCUUUGACCGCUCCCUAUUCUGCACGAGUGGUCUCCAUCCCACCUGCAUUCUGGCUCUGACUGCCUGAAAGGAUGUUUUUAAGGACUGUUCUGGUUUUCUGGCUUGUUGGAGGAGGAAGAAUUGCCAGAAGUGUGAUCCAAACGUACAAUAUCGAACUUACAAAAUGCACACGUGCGGGUUGUACCUGUGGAAGAAGAGAAAACUGUGCAUUUAGUACCUCAUGUUGCUUGAUUACAUAGAACCAAACAGAAACCAAGUGUUUUUGUAAAAGACAUAAAUAAAAAUAAUUGUAGCCGUUUUCAACCCGAUUUUUGUUUUUGUAAAAUCAAGCCUUUUUGGGGAGCAGGGAAGACGACCUGAUCGGCAUCUAUCGGGUGAUCCGAGCAGCCAGAACCAGAUGAUAAUAAUAACGUGACAGCCAGGGGCUGCAAAGAGGAGAACCCUGGUUCCAGGGGUUUAGGUAAGAAACCAGUGCCUGAAAACAGCUGUGCAGCAGGACGCUCACUGCCAGUUUGUUUACAUUUUUACAUAUUGAGUUUGUCCUGAAGGAGAGCAGGGAGGUAGUGAUCCAUGACCACGUGGACUCUGCAGCGUUCCUCAGUCCCACAUACAACAUGUGUUUUGGUUUGUUGAGUGAUGUUUGCAUAAUAGAUACUAAAGCAUUCUGGGAAAUGCCCGAUGGACCAGUGAGGGCGAAGGAGGGCAAAGUGGACCGACACAUUGUUGGUUGGGGUCUUUGUGUGGGAUUUGUUGACAUUGAGCUUUACUCUUUAUGUAUCUAUCGCACGGAUGCUGCUUUGGGAUUUUGAUGCAUCUUGAAGCAAAAGGAGUUCAGAUUGAAAAAUGUCCUCCGAUGCAGCUUCAUCAGAGUUGAGUUUCAUCUGUGCCGCUGUCCGACCCCCCUGAUAACUACAUUAUUCACCGGUUCCCCAACUUAAAAAGUUAAAUUACAGAUGUGGUUGUUUAACAAAAAGCCUAGUCAAGGAUCCUAAUCAAGGAUUUUUUUUUUUUUUUAUUGGUUCACUUUUAUACUGAUAAUUGUUGUGGGCAAAGCUUUUACCUUUCCGUUCCCUCCUGGGCAUCACAUUUAGCAUUACAUUUAAAAGAUCCCUUUUGUUGGCGUCUUGUGAUUUUCCGGCUCUGUUCCAGCAGAGAUGCGUUUCUACUGAACGUGAAGCUUUCAUCAGUCGGCCUUGAGCUCAUCCACAUGUUCUCACUAGCAAUGUGCACACAUUUCAUCAAAAUCAAAGUGAUUGUUGAUAGAUUUAUUUUAGAGGCAGGUAUUUAUUCAGUUGUUGGCUGAUUCUAGUGGGGGGAUUUUUUUAUUGUGACAACAAUCUCAGUUUUUGUUUUCUGCUCCUUUUGUAUUUCCCGAACAGGUGAAAUAAAGACUUUGGGUAAAUGGUCUUUUUGGACUUAAUAGAAUGUAGACCUGUAUUGUAGUUGUCAUAGCUCUGUUUUAUCAGGCUUCAUUUAUGCAGUGGAGUCAUCCAAAAUAAACUGAUUCUUUUUCAUUUUUGAUAAAUAAAUGUUUUUUUUAUUUAAA